ACGCAGCUGGCAGAGUUGAAUGAGAAGUUCAAUGGAAUGAAUGUUGGACAUCCUGAGCAAGCUGUGAAAUACCCAUCAGGCUUGGAAAACGUAAAUUAUAUCAAUGGCAGAAAUUAUAGAAAUUUCCAGCAAGGACAGCUAGAAGUUUAUAGCAGAGGUCAGCAGUAGCAGUCAGGUCAGCAACAGUUUCAGCCAGGAGGACGCCCGCAUCCGAAUCUGUCUUAUGUAAACCCUAACAAUGAUGUGCAACCUCCACCAGGAUUCUCUGUUUCCAGUGGGGGAGUGAUCAAUGAGCCAAAGAAAUAUUCGAUGGAAGACAUGAUGAAGCAGGUGUUGGGAAAGAUAGGUGGUUUGGAAACGAAUGUGGGUGCGCUGAUGACCAAUAUUGAGAAUCAAGUGGGUCAGAUGGCCAACCAACAAACUUCCAUUGGGAAUAAUUUUGCAGCACUGGCUAAGCAGGUGUAGAUGUUGGAGAAUCAAGUUGGUCAGAUGGCCAACCAAGCAGCUGCGCAGCACAAGCUGGGCUCCCGAGCAACAAUACUGUCAAUCCUAAGGGCAAAUGCAAUGCUAUUUUCGAUGGCACUCUGUCUCCAAAAGAUAGGAGGAUGAGCAAGAAUAACGAACCGCCAAGUGAGGAACCAUACAAGGCUCCUGUUCAACUUAGGGAAUACAUCCCAAAAGCUUCAUUCCCCCGUAGGCUGAUGAAGAGGGAGGUGCUUGAAGAGAAAUGUGCUGUGAAGCCGAGCAACAAGGUGGAUGCCAAGAAACUCAAGCUGGAGAUCUCCCAUUGCAAGAAUGAGAAAAAAGCUGCCAAUUCCGAGGAGACAGAGCAUAGACGUAUAAUGGAAGAGCUAGAGAGACUACUUGAAGAAUCGAACCGGUGUGCACAGCCUCAAACUCUCUCAAAAUUGCAGGAUCCCAAGGAGAAAGAAGAAAAGGCAGUUGUUCACACCAAGAAGAUGGGUGAUGAGGAUGUCUGGUUCCGUUAAGAUGGCCAUUUGCUGUAUCCUUCUCUUCCUUUUGAUUGCUUUGAGAUGCAUGGAUAUUCAGCAUAAUGAUGUUAAUGUUUCUUGUAGUGGUUGGCUGUUUUACUAUUGAAUUAUUUAUUUUAUGUAACUUUGGAACCAGAUAGAUAUUCAGAGAGUCUUCCGUACUGUGUCGCUUCAUCCCCAGCCUUAGGUAAGUCUAUGGUGGAAUAGUUACUCGAGACAUAUUGUAUUAUUGAUUGAAAGAAUAAUAGAAGUUGAUGAAGUAAUAUACCUUUUAACCCUUAUUUCCCUUUGCGAAGAAUUUUCAUAUUGGAAAUAGUAAUAACUAAAAAACUAGAUUAACACAAUCAAGCUCUAGUUGGACUAGACAUAAGGUGAGCCGAGAGUCUUGAUUGCGCUACUCACAUAUCACUCUGCAGCAAUCUCUCCAUGUCCAAUGCCUCACAUUCCUUAUCUUUCUUCAACCUGCAAUAAUCACAUUCCUUAUCAAAAUAAGAAUAAUAUCUGCAAUCAUAGCAUUACUCAUACUUUAGAGAUUAUAGAUUUGAUGAAACAACGAAAUGAACACAAUAUAUCCCUUCGAAAUAUCAGUUGGGAAAAAGGACUACUGCGAAUAUAAAUCAUUCAAAUAACUAACCAUGUGUAUCAUCUUCAUGGAAGAAAUUGCGAAAACUUCCAUGUUACAUUAACAUUCCAGAUAGUAAUGAUGUGCACUCAAAAGGCAAUAAGUCCUGAUGUUACAUUAACAUUCCAGAUAAUAAUGAUGUUACAUUAACAUUCUAAAUAGUAAUGGAGUUGAGAAAACUUCCAUGUCACAUUAAAUUUUUGAAUGCACAUCAUUACUUAUUGCCUUUUUAGUCCCCAAGUGAUACAGAGUAGUAAAUAUAGAAUAUAAAAGUGAUAAAGGUAUUUUAAUUGGAUCCAUUAGCGGCAAAGGGUAAUAAAUAUAGGAAAAGAAGGAGAGUAAAAAAAAUACAAAAAGCAGAAUAGGGCUUUAAUUUGUGGACAAAAAUUUAAGGGCAAGUAGAGCUUUAAAUUAUAGAUGGAGGGAGUAAAUUGUUUGCCGAAUUGUUGUCGUUCGUGUCUGGUCUACCCGUCGCUCAUUGUCAACAGCCACCGGUCGCCGUCGCGCCGUUUCAGUAGUCACCGUCGCUGCGGAAUCGAUGCCGUCUUGAGUCUGGUAUGCGUGUCGCUCAUUGUCAGCAACCACCGACCACCGUCUCCUGUUGUUUGUUCGAUUCAAGACCCACAGAGCCAAAAUCAGCGGGCAGAGGAUUUGCUGGGUAAAUUGGAGGAAUUUGUGGACAAUGACCAGGAACUAUGUCGUGAACAGUCUGCGGAUGGCCUGGGUUCUCACUUUUAUCUAGUUCCGUCAAGAUGGCCCUUUGCUAUAGAUAUUCAGAGGGUCUUCCGUACAGUGUCGCUUCAUCCCCAGCCUCGGGUUGUCUAUGAUUACAGGGGAAAGAUGACCCAUGUCUCAUCCAAGCUUUAUGCAGUUGACACGAAUCCAUUCUUUUGGAAGUCGGCUCAAUCUACGCUUUCUUUCUCCAAGUUCUUGACCCAUACCCACAAAGCCAAAAUCAGCGGGCAGAGGAUUUGCUGGAUAAAUUGGAGGAAUUUGUGGACAAUGACCCGGAACUAUGUCGUGAACAAUCUGCGGAUAGCCCUAGGUUCCCAAUUUUAUCUAGUUCCCUCAAGAUGGCCCUUUACUAUAUCAUUCUCUUCCUUUUCAUUGCUUUGAGAUGCAUGGAUAUUGAGCUUAAUGAUGCUAAUGUUUUUUAUGGUGGUUGUCUGUUUUAAUAUUGAAUUAUUUGUUUUCUGUGACUU